CUCGGUCAUCUAAAGAAGCGUAUCAUGUAUUCAUAAUCAAACUUCUAAUCAGAUCUGCUAGUCUUAACUCUCUUUCCAAGAAAGAAGCGUUCUCAUAAGAAGAAGAUGUCGGAAAUCACAAAGCCUACAAUUCGAGUUGGUUCGCGUAAAAGCCAGCUUGCACUUAUUCAAAGCAAACAUGUGCUCGAGCUUCUCACGCAGCGCUAUGAGGACAAAAACUUUCAUCUGGAAACGAUGACGACCAUUGGGGACGAAGUUCUUGACAGAGCUUUGUCGCAAAUUGGAGAAAAGAGUUUGUUCACUCGUGAAUUGGAGGUAGCCCUCGAACAUAAUAAAGUGGAUUUAGUGGUGCAUUCGCUUAAAGACAUGCCAACAUCGCUUCCCCUAGGGAUGGUGAUCGGUGCCAUUUUAGAGCGAGAAGAUCCUAGAGACGCGGUCAUCAUGUCUCCUAAGUUUUUUGAAUGUACGUUAGCAACGUUACCAACUGGUAGCGUCGUAGGAACAAGUUCAUUACGCCGGGCAGCACAAUUAAAACGCCAUUUCCCCCAUCUUGUAAUUCAAGGCAUAAGAGGCAAUUUAAAUACUCGGUUACGCAAACUCGAUGAAGAGGGAACAUAUGCGGCUCUUAUAUUAGCGACUGCUGGAGUGAAGCGGAUGAACUGGGAAUCACGGAUCUCUGAAUACCUCAACACAGACGUAAGUAUGUAUGCCAUCGGCCAAGGCGCACUUGGAAUUGAAUGUCGCCAAGACGAUAUGGCAACUCGACAACUUUUAGCACCAUUCAGCCAUGCUGAAACGCUACUAUGUUGUGUCGCAGAACGCGCUUUUCUUAGAACGCUUGAGGGGGGCUGUUCAGCGCCAGUUGCGGUGGAAUCUCGAUUCUUGGACGAUGUUCUCUACCUAAAAGGUGGUGUGUGGAGCUUGGACGGAAAACGAAGCAUCACCCAGUCUUUGGAUGUUAAACUUACUGAUAUUGACGAUGUUCCGCCAGCUCAAUCCUAUACUGCUGUUGUAAGUUCUCACCUCAGCAAUUCCAGGUUGGCCCUAGCUGAAUGGUUGGGUGUCUCAUUGGCCGGUAAAAUUGUGGCAUUAGGGGGAGGAAUUAUCCUUGAUGAAGCCAAAAAGGAAACGGAGCAGCGCAAUUUGGUUGCUGCUAACGUGCGCCCGUCUAAAUAGAUACAGAGUUUUCUUAUCCUUAGUCAAAGUUACGUAGUUAUAAUGAGUAAAAUUAUGGGUGAGCCUUGUAAUACAGAAUUUUUC